AUGGCUAUAACUGUCGAUAAAAUUUUCAAUGCACACAGAUUCUCCGGUGAUAAUGCCUUGCAGUUUCUUUUUUAUUUGCCACUUGGAAUCCUCUUGAUGGCUGUAAGAAUUAUACUUGCACUAAUACUGUGGAUUGCAUCCAUUAUUCUCCCAGACAAAUCCGGUGUGCGACAAAUGUUGUCGACGCUCGCUUGUUGGACAUUUGGUGUUUUUGUGAAGUUGAAGGGAAACAGAGAUCCUCGUUGCAGUGUUUUGGUGUCUAACUGUGUAUCUUGCUUGGAUUCACUUGCAGCUGCACAUGUUCUUGGAACUAUUAGUCUAAGAAAAUGGAAGCUGCCACCAUUUUUUGCAUCUACUCUGGGUAUUAGAAAUGCGGCGCAAUUUAUUAGAAAGCAACACUUUUCUGACAGUCCCAGCAAACCAAUAUUGCUGCAGCCCGAAGGAGGCCCCACUAAUGGCAAGGCAUUACUAAAGUUUACAGACUGGCCUUUCCCUAUUGGUAACAGAGUUCAGCCUGUUGCUAUAACCGUAGAGCGGCCUAUGACCAACGUGUCAGUGCGUAGGCCCUCUGACAGUCGGGAUCGCUUCCCGUGGUCAGAUGCACUGUGGUUCCUUUGUGCUCCUGCUACUAUGUACACUUUACAUGCGUUGCCACCACUUGAGCGUGGAGAUGAUGACGACUCGGCCUUCGCAACGCGGUUGAGACGUACGAUCGCUGAAGCUCUGCAGAUCGAGGCAACGGAGUUUCGAUGGGAGGAUUUGCCCGGGGGGCGUCCGGCUGGACGGAGUAGGCAGGGAAUUGCCAACGAAAUGGCUCGCAUGGCACGACAAGUACGUGAAGUGUUGCCAGCCGUGCCCGAGCGGGAUGUAUUACGCGACUUAGCGAGAACACGCAGCGUGGAUGUGACGAUAACGAACUUCCUGGAGGGCAUCAUUCCGUACAGUCCGGAGCCCCAGGCGGCAGCAGAGCCCCUGGCGGGUCCCUCGCACGCGCCCAAGUACGUGACGCCCGUUCCUACGGGAGUCUUCCCCAAGAGCGCCAAGGAACGACAACUCAGCUUCCAGGAGCGGAAAGAACAAAUGAUAGCCGAAGCGAGGAAACGAUUUCUCACCGCAAAAAACGCCAGGCAGUUCUGUAUCCGGGAAAAACGCUAUGGCUCCCCUCCGGUCCGCCGGUGGCCCGUGUUGCUCUAUGAGUGCAAACCCGACCGACGUGUUCAUUUAAUAUUCAUUAUUGAAGAACUUUAUAAAAAUAAUUUGUAA